AUGGCGGGCUCCUCACUUCCCGAAAAUGUUGAACUCUUACGUACGAGAGUUAUAAAUAGCGGAAGCGAUUAUCCUCAUCAAUAUCCUGGCAUUGACAAUUCUUUUAAUCUUGAAGAGUUCAAGAAGAAUUUCAAAGUCAAAUUUCAGCGUUUGUCAAAGCAUAGUUGUGAAUUUGAUCUGAUCGGUGUUGAUGCCUCGAUCGCCAAUGCUUUCCGUCGUAUUAUGAUCGCUGAGGUUCCUACAAUGGCUAUUGAGAAAGUCUAUGUUCAAAACAACACAUCCAUUAUUCACGACGAAGUACUCGCACAUCGUUUGGGUCUUAUACCCAUCAAAGCAGAUCCUAAUGAAUUUGAGUAUUUGACAGAAGAAUCUGGACCUACCGAUUUAAACACUCUCGUUUUCAGAUUGAAGAAGAAAUGUGAAUUCAACCCAGACGCCGCCAAAGAUGAAACCGAUCCUAAGAAGAAAUAUAUCAACAGUUAUGUAUAUUCCGGGGAUUUAGUUUGGGAGCCCAAGGGUAACCAAGAGGAACGAUUCGCUAAUGAUCCUCCAAGACCAGUCCAUGAUGAUAUUGUUAUUGCUAAACUAAGACCAGGACAGGAAGUGGAAAUGGAAUUGCAUUGUCAGAAGGGAGUGGGCAGAGAACAUGCCAAAUGGUCACCUGUUGCCACAGCUUCCUAUCGCCUUUUACCUGAAAUCACUAUAUUAAAACCUAUUACUGGUCAAGAUGCGGAAGAUUUCAAAAAAUGUUUUGUAGACGGCGUUAUCGAGGUUGUGAAGGAAAACGGUGUGAAGACAGCCAAGGUUGUGAACCCACGUAAAGAUACAGUGAGUAGAGAAGUAUUACGACAUGAAAAGUUUGAUGGAAAAGUGCGCUUAACAAGAGUUCGUGAUCAUUUUAUUUGUAAGUAG